AUGCUUCCCUUGUUGUUGUUGGGCGCUCUGGCGCCCAACGUCCAAGCCGUUGCCCUCUCCAACAGUAACACUACCUUUGAGCAGCAGUGUUCUUCCUUCGCGACCUCUUUGAAGAUCUCCGGCGCCAACGCCACGGCCGUCGAGUACGUCCCGGCCGGAACCACUCUCCAGUUCCCCAACGCCGACCCCAGCUGCGGCCGUGCCUCGCAGACUGCCACGGCGAACCUCUGCCGCGUCACUGCGCGCAUCGCCACAUCGCCGCGGUCCGGGAUCAAAUUCGAGGCGUGGCUGCCCGAGGACUGGACAGGCCGCUUCCUGAGCACGGGUAACGGUGGCCUGGGAGGCUGUAUUCAGUACGAAGACCUCGACUACGCAACCUCACUCGGGUUUGCCGCCGUGGCCACCAACAACGGCCACGAUGGCAUGAGCGGAGCCCCCUUCUUGAACAACCCGGAUGUUAUCGAAGACUUCUCGUACCGCGCGCUCACGACUGGUGUCGUGGUUGGCAAGGACGUCACCAAGUCCUUCUACAGCAAGCCGUACACAAAGAGUUACUACCUCGGCUGCUCCACCGGUGGACGCCAGGGGUUCAAGCAGGCACAGGCCUUCCCUGAGAACUUUGAUGGCAUCGUCGCCGGGGCCCCUGCGUUCUCCUUCAACAACCUCACUUCAUGGAGCUGUCACUUCCUCCCCCUGACCGGCCAGCAGGGCGCCGAUACCUUCAUCCCCAUGUCCAUGUGGCCGGCCAUCCACGACGACAUCCUGGACCAGUGCGACGAGCUGGACGGCGCCAAGGACGGCUUCCUCGAGGCCCCCGACCUCUGCGACUACAAGCCCGAGAGCCUCCUCUGCGGCGUCGGCAGUAACCAGACAGACGGCUGUCUCACACAGAAGCAGGUUGAGACGCUACGCGCCAUCUACUCCCCUCUGCUGGACGCCUCGGGCGACCUCGUCUACCCGCGGAUGCAGCCGGGUGCCGAGCUCACGGGCGCACCGCAGACCUACUUUACCGGCCAGCCGUUCGGCGCCGCCGAUUGGUUCAAGUACGCCAUUUACAAUGACUCCAACUGGGACCCGGCCACCGUCACGUCCGAGGACUAUGUCAGGUCCUCGAGCCUCAACCUCUUCAACAUCGAGACCUGGGACGGCGACUUGUCCCCGUUCGAGCAGCGCGGCGGCAAAAUCCUGCACUACCACGGCCUCGUCGACGGGACCAUCUCCAGCGACAACUCACCACGGUACUACGAGCACGUGGCCCAGACAAUGGGCCGGAAGCCCGCCGAGCUGGACGAGUUCUAUCGCUUCUUCCGCAUUUCCGGGCUGGCCCAUUGCAGUGGCGGCACGGGCGCCGUGUACAUCGGCAACCAGGCCCGGAACGCGGCCGGCCUCGAGCCCGAGGAGAACGUGCUGAUGGCCAUGGUCCGCUGGGUCGAGGAGGGCGUCGCGCCCGAGCACGUCACCGGCACGGCGUUUGUCAACAACACGGUCAGCGCCGGCGUUGACUACAAGCGCAGGCACUGCCGCUGGCCCACGCGCAAUGUCUUCAAGGGGCCCGGCGACUUCAGGGAUGAGAACAACUGGGAUCGAGAUGUGGCUGAAGGAUCGUUGUGGCUUGACCCAGAGUUGUCCAAGCUGGAUUUCAAAGCACGCGAUAACCCCCCGCAUACACGCGAUACCGAAACCCGUCGUCACAUUACUAAGAAACUUGCCGCUGCCAACACUGGCUACUUGCCGGAACACAUCUUCGAACCUCAUCCAACUCAUCCGGCAACUCUCUCUCUUGCUUGCUUCUGCGUUGAGACCAUGGCGGAAGCUCAGAAGGAUUUGGAAAGCCAGCGGAAGCCCUCGGACGAGAGGACGCCGCUCCUCGGCACCCCCGCCGAGUACGAGGCGAACCAGCAAGAGGCCCGGGAUCGGAGCGGUCACGCCAACGACGACCAAGACCGCGAGGACGCCGAGCAGGUUCCUCUCAUCGCGCCUCAGGAUGGAGAGGAGACGAAGAAGCGCACGACCGGCUGGUGGCUGUGGAGAGCGUUCUGGGCCGUACUCGCCAUCUUCUUCCUGGCCAUCUUCAUCAAGGGUUGGGUCGACGCCAAGGACACGAAUUUCGAUCUCAAAGCAGCGCUGAAGAGGGCCCUCGGCGGCGGCUUGAGCGGCGCCGCCGCCAUGGUUUUGCAGGUGUUGACUCUCAUGCCCAUCAGAACCAUCAUGAACUAUCAGUACCGUUUUGGGAGUGGCUUCAGGGAGGCCAUUAGCGUACUCUAUCAGGACGGCGGUGUGCGAAGAUACUACCAGGGUAUCGGGCCUGCACUCAUUCAAGGUACGUCCCAACAAGUUGUCUUUCGACGAGGCGGUGUUGUUCCCGGAUACGAUUUCCAGAGUGUGAUCAGACUGACCGACGAAACGAUAGGCCCCGUAUCUCGGUUUGGUGACACGGCUGCCAACGCCGGUAUCCUCGCCCUUCUUGAGUCCAACUCCUUCUUGAACCAGCUCCCUACGCUCAUCAAGACCAUCUUUGCCUCCCUCUGUGCUGCCGCGUUCCGCAUGAUCCUGACGCCCAUCGACACUCUCAAGACCACCCUGCAGGCCCAAGGCGCCAAGGGCACCGCCAUCCUCCGCCAGCGCGUCAAGACGCACGGAGUUGGAAGCCUGUGGUGGGGUGCCUUCGCGACCGCCGCGGCGACGUUCGUCGGCCACUACCCCUGGUUCGCAACCUACAACUACCUCUCCGCCAACAUUCCGGAGCCGGAAAAGGGCCAGAUCUUCCUGUGGCUGCUCCGUCUCGCCUUCAUCGGGUUCUGCGCCUCGGUCAUCUCGGAUUCGGUGUCCAACUCGCUGAGGGUCGUCAAGACCUACCGCCAGGUCAACGACACCCAGGUGUCCUACUGUCAGUUCCUCCGUCCCGCUUUGUCCCUCCGUUCUUCCGCCAAGGCCGCCAAGAUCGUCAUCCAGCGAGACGGGUUCCUCGGGUUCCUCGGCCGUGGUCUCAAGACCCGCAUUCUCGCCAACGGCUUGCAGGGCAUCCUGUUCUCCAUCCUCUGGAAGCUUUUCCUCGACCUGUGGGAGAAGAAGACGCAGUCUUGA